GCUAUGGGUCUGUUGGACUUAGCAAUGUUCGAUGAACUACGUAGAAUGAAUCUACGCCAACUCAUAUACCAGGGUCUGAACUUCGCGAUGGUGGUCUCGUCCGCACUUAUGAUUUGGAAGGGAUUGAUGGUCGUUACUGGAUCCGAAAGCCCUAUUGUUGUUGUUCUUUCAGGUUCUAUGGAGCCAGCGUUCUUUAGAGGAGAUCUUUUGUUGUUGACGAAUGACCAGUCGGAUCCAAUAAGAACAGGAGACGUAACCGUUUUCAAGAUAGAAGGAAGAGAUAUACCUAUAGUUCAUCGAGUAAUAAAGGUUCAUGAGAAAACUGCUCAAGACACAAAGUUUCUUACGAAAGGAGACAAUAAUCAAGUUGAUGAUCGCGGCCUGUACGCUCCAGGGCAGAUGUGGCUUCAUCGUUCUGAUGUUGUUGGUCGCACAAAGGGUAUUCUUCCAUACGUCGGUAUGGUCACUAUCCUCAUGAAUGAUUAUCCGAAAUUGAAGUAUGCAGUACUCGGCCUUCUUGGUUUAUUUGUAAUCAUUCAUCGCGAACAGUAG